GUCGCCGCUGGUGGAACAUGAAACUACUUUUGAUGCAAAGUCUUUGAUUGGGUGAAAGUGAAACUUCGAAGUAGAAAAGUCCAGCUGGGAUUUGGUGUGAGGGUUUUAAAGCGGAAUCCCUCAGGGGUGAUAUCAGUGUUUACUGCCCGUCAGAGAGCUGCUGUCAGCGGAUUCACAGCUGAACUGUGACCCCGCAGCUCCGCGGCUUGUCCUCUGUGUCUCGGGCUGAGCUGAGUCUGUGUGCACCUGCUGUCCAGAGAUGAAGAGGAGACUCCUGCUGGUGUCCAACUCCACGCUGCACGGCAGCGGCUACCUGGACCACUGUCAGCAGCACAUCUCACACUUCUUCGGGAAGGAUGUGAAGAGAGUGCUGUUCGUUCCUUAUGCUCUCCACGACAGAGAUGCCUACACCAAAACCGCCAGGGACAAGUUUAAGACUCUGGGUUAUGAGGUGGACGGCAUCCACGAGGCCUCGGACCCCGUCGACGCCGUGAGGAAGGCUGAAGGCAUUUUUAUAGGAGGAGGUAACACUUUCCGGCUGCUGAAGAGUCUCUAUGACAACAAGGUGGUGACGGAGAUCAGGAGGAGAGUGCUGGAGGAUGGCGUCCCCUACAUGGGCUCCAGCGCCGGCACCAACGUGGCCACCGUCAGCAUCAACACCACCAACGACAUGCCCAUCGUCUACCCUCCGUCCUUCUCCGCCAUCGGCCUCAUCCCCUUCAACAUCAACCCUCACUACCUGGACCCCGACCCCAGCAGCCGCCACAUGGGGGAGACCAGAGAGCAGAGGAUCACCCAGUACCAUGAAGAGCCUGAUACUCCAUGUGUCCUGGGUCUGAGGGAGGGGUCCAUGCUGCUGGUGGAGGGAGACAAAGCCACUUUACUGGGAACCACCAAGGCCAGACUCUUCACCAGGGGGAAGUCCUCGGCGGAGUACGACCCAGGUACUGACCUGAGCUUCCUGCUGACACAUGCUCACUGACUCUCCGCCACAGCUGUCAGCAUCCCACCCCUUCCAUGAUGAUGAUGAUGAUGAUGAUGUGAAUGACAGUACUCAGAUUAUUGUCCUGGUGAAA